ACACUAAAUUGUGAUUUUUAUUGUAGAUGGACACUUCAGAGAUGAACAGCUCACCGGCACCUUCUUCUGGAUCUUUUUUGGACCUGUUGAAUACUGGUUCCGGUGACAUGAAUUGGGGUGACACACAGAAUUUUAGCCCAAUUGGAGAACAAGUGACAACGCCAAUUGAAAAUAUUGUUGCAUCUGGUAAACCCAAACCGAGUAGGAAGGGUGUCCCGAAGGGGAAAAAUUGGUCAAGUCUUGAGGACAAGGUGUUGAUAGAAUCAUGGGCAAACACAAGUUUGGAUGGGGUAGUCGGAGCCGAUCAACAUUCCGAUUCUUAUUGGGCUAGGAUUACGGAGUACUACAACCAACACAAGAAUCCAGCAUGGCAGGUUCGUAAUGUUGCAUCGGUCAAUGGUCGCUACACCACUAUUUCAUCCGCUACGAGCAAGUUCUGUGGAUGCCUUCAGCAGGUUUUAAAUAGAAACCAAAGCGGAAGAACUUUAGACGAGAAGAAAGAGGAGGCACACCUUAUGUUUAUUCAAAAUGAUCCAAAUAAAAAGCCUUUUACAUUCAUGCACUGUUAUUUAGAGUUUGUGAAGUAUCCAAAGUGGGAGUUAAGAGAACUUGAAGUUUCUCAAAAAAAACAAAAGAAGAAGUCUGAUGCAAGUCCAGGUGUCUCUGCUGCUGCUAUUAUUGAUGAUGACUUAAGUGUGUCUUCCAAAAUGCUUGAACGAGAGGAGGCACCUUCCGGUACCAAGCACGAGAAAGAAGCUCGCAAAGGUAAAAAUCCCAUGUCCGAUGGUAGUUCUUGCAAGUUAUCAUUACAAUCUGUGUGGGCACAAAAGCAAGAGAAGGAUGAGAUGAAAGAGGCUUCCAAAUCUGCUCGCUAUGCACAAGUAAUUGAAUUGCAAAAGGAGAAGGUUGCAUUGAAAAAGAUAGAUGUUGAACUUAGGCAAUUUGAAAUUGACGAGAGGGUUAUGCUGGUGGACACUAGUGGUAUGAAUAUUUUACAAAAGCAAUUCUACGAAGGGAAGCAGAAAGAGAUCAUUGCUCGCCGCCAAGGAAUGUGAUUUGUUAGCUGCUUGAUGUAUGAA